AUGAACAGUAUCCGAAAAAUUAGGGAGCUAAACUUAAGGGAAUUAGAAAAUGGAAUUUCACCAAAUGCAUCUUGGCACGUAGAUUAUAGAGACACAGCUUACAUCUAUAUAGGUGGCCUCCCAACUGAGUUGACUGAAGGAGAUGUGGUCACAAUAUUUUCGCAGUACGGUGAACCCACAUACAUUAAUUUAAUACGCGACAAGGAGACAGGAAAGUCUCGUGGCUUUGCGUUCCUCAAAUACGAAGAUCAACGCAGUACAGAUCUUGCUGUUGAUAACCUAGGGGGGGCUGUUAUCCUGGGAAGAACGCUUAACGUUGACCAUACGAGAUAUAAAAAAAAGGCAGAUGAACCAGAUGAGGGCCAUUCCCUCACCAAAGAGGACGAAGUUGAAGGAUCAGACACAGAAGAGGAAUUAACCGAAGAUUUUUCCCAAGAGAAGUUAAAAUACGACACGAAGCAGCCAGCAUGCGAGGCAGAGCAAGAACUAGAAAAAUUACAGCAAAAUCAUGAUGACGAGGAUCCCAUGAAAAAUUAUUUUAUUCAGGAGAAAAAAGACCAAAUAGCCGCAGAAUUAGCGAAAAAUCGGAAGAAGUCAGCAAAAUCACAUAGGGACCGCCAUCUUCAUAGUUCAAGCAGAAGAUCCAACAGAAAAAGAGAAUCUUCCAAGGAUCGGCACCCGCGACGGCGAAGUAAGGGCCUAGGAGAAAAAAAUCCUGAGUCUAAUGGAAGGAGAAUAGUGUGA